CGCACACGUGUGUGUUAUCCUGGGUUAAAUCAGGGUUUAUGUUAAGACAGCAUGCAAAUGAAAACCUUCAUCAGUAUACACUAUCAUACACUUCAUCCAGUCUUCUAGAAGAUGUGAACUGUGUUAUUGCUGAAUAAUAUGCAUUCUGGUAUGUGUGUGUGUGCGUGUAAGCAUUUUUGCCUUCUCCCUUUCACUCUUUCUGUCUGUCUUAGGUAACAGGACAAGACCAAGUGUUCCUUGUUGCAUCCUGGGCCUUGAGGCAGGACUAUAUAUCGUACACAGAUUCAGCAUACUUGCUUUUAUUUUCUGACAUACUGGAGAUUUCAAAUAAACAACAUGGAUAAAUACAACAGUGCUGCCACGGUUUUGCUGCUGUCUGUUGUGGUGGUGGUCGCAGCAGGAAUAUUCCAUCUGUACAAUGUGAUACUGCAACUGCUGCACAAAACACCUGUGCAAAACAAAGUAGUGCUAAUAACAGAUUCAUUAUCAGCCCUGGGGAAUGAGUGUGCAAAACUCUUCCACAAGCGGGGAGCCCGGUUGAUCCUUUGUGGGAAGAACUGGGAAAAGCUUGAAACUUUUGCACAACAGCUGGUCACUGAAUCAGAUCCUAUUUUAACUUUCCCACCAAAGUUAAUAGAGCUGGACUUCACAGACACAGAGAUGUUGCCAGAUGUGCUUUCAGAUGUACUUGACUGUUAUGGCUACUUGGACAUGCUCAUCAUCAACAGCAGCAUGAAAGUGAAGGCACCUGCACAGUCUCUGUCUCUGGAAAUGGACAAGAUGGUUAUGGAUGUCAACUACUUUGGACCAAUCACACUGGUCAAAGGUGUUCUGCCCUCAAUGAUCUCCAGAAGGUCUGGCCACAUUCUCCUGGUCAACAGCAUUCAAGGAAAACUGGCCGUUCCCUUCCGAACAACUUAUGCUGCCUCCAAACAUGCAGUACAGGCCUUCUUCGACUGCCUAAGAGCUGAGGUGCAAGAGUCUGGAAUCUCCGUUAGUACCAUCAGUCAUACCUUCAUAAACGCUGCUUCCACAACCCAGCAUACCACCACAAGCAAUUCCAUCCUGUCAGUCCUAACAGGACAGAAACCUCAUGGCAUUUCACCGGAGGAGAUGGCCAAUGCAAUACUGCAAGCUUUGGGCAGUAAGAAGAAGGAAAUCAUCAUGGCCCACUUCAUCUCAAAAGCAGCUAUCUAUGCUCGCUCUCUCUUUCCCAACCUUUUCUUCGCUGUAAUGGCAGCAGGAGUGAAGAAUGCUGCAGGUGUGGAACCGGUGCAGUGAAAUGUGACAUUACAGUAUCUCACAAAAGUGAGUACACCCCUCACAUUUUUGUAAAUACUUGAUUAUAUCUUUUCAUGUGACAACACUGAAGAAAUGACACUUUGCUACAAUGUAAAGUAGUGAGCGUACAGCUUGUGUAACAGUGUAAAUUUGCUAUCAUCUCAA